GUUAACUAACCGUUGGUUCUUCGGGCAGUGUUAUUGACCACUAUAUUGCGCAGCCAACUUUUCUGGGGUUUAAGUACAGUCACGUCGCCAAAGAAUCCUCCAACUUCUUGGAUCCUGGUGCCAACAAAGAACGCGACAUGACGAACAGAGAACCUCCAAGGAUCGAGGUUCAGCGCACUUUCCCUCUUCUUGACCAAAGUCUUUAUAACUUGCACCCCGAAGACGCUACAUUUUACAAGGAGCUGACUGGAAUUGAAGAUGAUGAAGCUCUGAAGCAGCAUAUAUUGGAUGUUCAAGCAGAAGCGUACAAGGUUGCCCCUUACGCGUUCAUCUAUCUUUUCCUUUUUAUCAGACGCAGGCUGUCGGUGCUACCUGCUUAUCAGCAAGUUGUGCGGAUCGGACGUGAACGGAAGAACCCAAUUUUCCUUGACGUCGGCUGCGGCUUUGGCAACGACAUCAGGGAAGUGAUUCUUGAUGGGUUUCCUGCAGCUCGGGCAAUUGGAACUGACCUUCGUCAAGAACUCUGGGAUCUGGGGCAUGAACUCUUCAAGUCGACUCCGGAGACCUUUCCAGCUCACUUCGUAGGCGGGGAUGCUUUCAACCCUGAAAUCCUCGCUGUGGCUCCGCCUGCGUCCAAGGAGACAGUAGGAGUUCCAACCCCCAACCUCAGCAACCUCACUUCGUUGAAUCCGUUACGCGGAUGUGUUUCCGUAAUUCACACAACAUCAUUCUUCCACUUGUUCAAAGAAGAUAAGCAGCUGCACCUGGCCCGUGCUCUCGCUGGUCUACUCUCUGCUGAGCCAGGCUCCAUCAUUCUCGGAGCGCACACGGGUGCUCAAGAGAAGGGUGUCAUGAAUCAAGUAUAUAGGGGCGUUGAGGCUGACAUGUUCGCCCACAGCGCCGAGAGCUGGACUGCCAUGUGGGAUGGCGAAGUAUUUGAGAAGGGGACGGUCAAGGUGGAUGCACAGCUCAAGGAAGUAUCCGCAGGUGAGGGAGGCGACGAACGUUACCCGUUAUUGUACUGGUCCGUGACCAGACUGUGA